CCAUUUACGUUUCCUGCUGAUUAGAAUUUACCGGAUGCUGCUUCCUGUUGACGUGACCGGACGCUGUUUCCUGCUGAUUAGAAUUUACCGGAUGUAAGUUUCCUGUUAACAUGAACGGAUGCCCGUCGAUACAUGAAUUACGAAUCUACCGCUUUAGUCAACUGAGCUAAAAGGGGCGCGCGAUUGCAGGGGCGUAGAGGGUGGCGUUAGAUACUCACAUAUGAGCUGCAGCUAACCCUACCUGCUAUAGGUAUAGAGUAACAGCGUGCGAAAUUUAGUUGUUAUUAUAAUUAGAAUGGGAAGCUGCAAUCUCGCGAUAGUGUUUAUUUAUAGCAGCUAUGAUAAGACGCUUAAAGGUGUAAUAACCAUUUUAUUUUAAUUAAUAUAAUAAAUAUCUACAUAUACAAAAUGCUAGAAAUUAUGAAGCUACAAAGUUUUUUGUGUGCGCUCCGCCAUAAUACAAUCUCUACAAUAAAUCAUUAACGGCGCUGGACCAUCGAUGUGGGUGCGCUGCCAUGGUUGAUUCCAGUGUUUUGUACAUCGUAUUCGAUUCCGCAGCUCACAAUCUCUUUGAAAUACGGUUGGAAUCUUGAUCCAUAUUUUCAAUAAGUCAUUUACACUUAAACUUAACAAUUCGCUCUUCGUCUCAAUAUAAUUAGACUCCUUUUGAGCCUCUCGCCUAGCGAUGUUGUAAAGUAUUCGAUCCAUUAUCGUUCGAUAUGAGGACCGAAAUGAACAUUAGCAUCCCCGUUUUAUACCUACACCUUUAAGAUACACUGCGCAUGAUGGAUUUCUUCAAAUCCCCUCCAAAAGUACUUUCAAGAGCAGGUAUAAGAGUAAUAAGAAAGUAAAAAAUCGAUUUAUAUCGAGAUGAGUGCACAAAUACAGCAACAAUCGCAAGAUUCGUGGGGUAGCGAAGAUGAUGCAAAGUCAUCGCUUUCGCUGGAUAAAUUAUCGGUGAAUGAAUCCUCGAAAGAGGAGCAAGGAAAGGAAACCUUAAUAUCUUCGUGGUCGUUAUUCUUAGACGGAGGCAUUAUUCUCGAAGUUGGCGUUACACUGGACGAGUACUUUUUCGAUUCCAUCGUGCAAAUAUCAUGUCCUCCGCAUUAUGAUGACCAGUAUUUACAAUUUGAGCGUUGCGAAUGGAAAGAAAUAUUCAAUUUUAAAACUGAACACUUAAUUAAACAUAUGGUGCAGUGUACGCCUAAAAGAAGGAGCAAGCAUGAAAUUUUUACCGAGUCCAAAAUAAUAAUACUUGAAGCGGAAGAAGAAGAAGACGGAGGAUGUAUUCGAAUAAGCGAAUCAGAUAAAUCUAUAAUAUUUUCCAAGCAAGCAAUCGAUAUGAUAUUUAUCGCUUCCGAAGUAAUUACUCAAAAAUUGGAUGUUGCCAACCACUAUGCGAUGUAUUGUCUUUAUGAUGACUUUACGCGUGAGGUUGCAAAAAUUCUACAUACCGAAGGUGUUACUAGCGAAGAGAGCAUGUUAUCGAGAGGGAAAUUGAUAUGCCAAAAUCUCAAAUUGUUAACAUCGCUAAGCAGUUGGAAGGAAAAGUAUGAUAAUUUGCAAGACUUGACUCUUCUAACAGAAAUUGUAAACAUUCACCCUCGAAAAUUUAUAAAUACGGUUGUUAGUAAAAUUAGCAUGUUAAAAUAAAUAAUUUUUUAACAU